GGGUGGUUCCAGGGCCUAGCCGCGACACUUCGGUUCUGCUUUCCUAGUCAGCCUCGACUGGUGGCAGUCGUGGGGUGCAUCCCUCUGGGCCCAGCCUAUGCAUCUGUACUUUCAAGCUGUCAUACCUACCUGCUGGCAAGCUGGACUUUCUCCCAGGACACUAAAUACUCUGUGCUAGGCCUCAGGACAGCCAUUGAGCAAAAUGAAUACAUUUCCCAACUUUACAGUUUGUGUUUCAACACCAUGGAGGCUGACCUGUCCGACUUUAACAUUGAUGCUCCCCGCUGGGACCAGUGCACUUUCCUGGGGCGUGUGAAGCACUUCCUUAACAUCACGGAUCCUCGCACUGUCUUUGCAUCCGAGCAGGAGCUGGACUGGGCCAAGGUGGUGGUGGAAAAGAGCAGGAUGGGACUUGUGCCUCCUGGCACUCAGGUGGAGCAGCUGCUGUAUGCUAAGAAGCUUUACGACUCGGCCUUCCACCCUGACACUGGGGAGAAGAUGAAUGUCAUCGGGCGGAUGUCCUUCCAGGUCCCCGGUGGCAUGAUCAUCACGGGCUUCAUGCUCCAGUUCUACAGGACAAUGCCUGCGGUCAUCUUCUGGCAGUGGGUGAACCAGUCCUUUAAUGCCUUGGUCAACUACACCAACAGGAACGCAGCUUCCCCCACGUCAGUCAGGCAGAUGGCCCUCUCCUACUUCACAGCUACCACCACUGCGGUGGCCACUGCCGUGGGCAUGAACAUGUGGACAAAGAGAGCCCCACCCCUGGUGGGCCGAUGGGUGCCUUUUGCCGCUGUGGCUGCUGCUAACUGUGUCAAUAUUCCAAUGAUGCGACAGCAGGAACUCAUCCAGGGCAUCUGUGUGAAGGACAGGAACCAAAAUGAGCUUGGCUGUUCUCAGAGAGCUGCGGCUGUGGGCAUCACACAAGUGGUUAUUUCUCGGAUCACCAUGGCAGCCCCUGGAAUGAUCCUGUUGCCAGUCAUCAUGGAGAGGCUGGAGAAACUGCCCCUGAUGAAGAAGGUGAAAGUGCUGCAUGCUCCACUGCAGGUCGUGCUGUGUGGCUGCUUCCUCCUCAUCAUGGUGCCAGUGGCCUGUGGGCUCUUCCCUCAGGAAUGGUAUCAGCCAAUUGUUGCCUGCUUUGCUUUAUCAGACACUCCAAUACUGACCUGCUUUGGGGCGUGGGGGGUGAGCGGGAAAGUUGAUGCUUCCAAGUGCAUCUGCCUAAAUUCUGGCCUUCUAACUCGGGGCAAAUGGGACACCAGCCAGGACUCUGAGGCAUUGGGAGAGAAACCAGGAGUAAGCGUUCUCACCCAAUGUCUUAGAGACAUGGUGGGGAACGACAGGAGGCAUCUUGUCCUGCUGGCUGUGCGUUAGCAAGGCCACUUCUGCCCAGAUCUGGCCUUUAAAGUUGAAUGAAGCAUUUAUUCUGCUUAUUAUGGCUCAUGAUUGGGUCUGUGCAUGGGCUUGUACCUCCGCUUACUCUGUGUUUCCUAGAAGGAAGUGUGGGGGAAGAGAUGAGGGAGUGGGGCCAUCAGCCUGGGGUCAGCUGGAGGCUGGUUCCAGGACACAGGUGUAGCUGUGCAUGAGCUGAGAUGGUAGCAGUCAUUCCACCCUCUGUGCGGGAUCAUGGCCAUCUGCCAGGGACCUCCCGAGUCCUGAGCACUAUGCUUUCAGACUCAUGGAAAACACAGGUGUUAAAGCCAGGGACUAUAGUCCAUCUAGGUGAUGUGACAUUUAUUCUGAUACAGAGACUGGUAAUAAUUUUGGCUGUAAAGAUCAGGAAUUGAACUUGUAAUCCCACACUGGGGAUAGGGCCAGGGGUUGAAGUAGGAGGAUCAAGA